CCACUGAAUUGUACACUUUUUUUUUUUGAGACAGCGUCUCACUCUGUUGCUCAGGCUAGAGUGCAGUAGUGCAAUCUCGGCUCACUACAACCUCUGCCUCCCGGGUUCACGUGAUUCUCCUGGCUUAGCCUCCCGAGUAGCUGAGAUCACAGGCACGUGCCGCCAUGCCGGGUUGAUUUUUGUAUAUUUAGUAGAGAGGGGGUUUCACCAUGUUGCCCAGGCUGGUCUUGAACUCCUGACCUCAGGCGAUUCACCCGCCUUGGCCUCCCAAAGUGUUAGGAUUACAGGCGUGAGCCACCGCGCCCGGCUUGAAUUGUACACUUCAAAAGGUGGAAUUUUAUGGUGUUGAAUUACAUCUUUAUUUUUUUAACGGGGGGAAAAUGACGCCGCUGGAGAGGAGUUAGCGGAACUGAAACAAUGAAAUGGUGCGCGAGUGUCGCCUGUCCCUGUCGCAUCCAUCCCAACGAAGUUUGGGCCCUGGAACGGUGCACCAAGAAGGCCUGGGGGGAGAGACGCUGGGGCAGGAUCUGGAAGAAAGACGUCUCAGGAUUCGAAGGGAAUGCAGCUAAGGUGGCGGCGGAGGUUCGCCUAGGACUGGGGAGGCGUCCCUAGGCUCAGAAGUCGGCCCGGCCGGAGCGGAGAUUUAAAGGUUGGAGCGCAGAGGCUCUUAAAGAGGCCGAGUCGAAUUCCCACUCGGCGUCCACCUUAAAGCCAGCACUCCCGGCGCCACGGAUCUGACCCGGGUCUGACCUACGAGAAACAUGGCAACCAGCGCCGUCCCCAGUGACAACCUCCCCACAUACAAGCUGGUGGUGGUGGGGGAUGGGGGUGUGGGCAAAAGUGCCCUCACCAUCCAGUUUUUCCAGAAGAUCUUUGUGCCUGAUUAUGACCCCACCAUUGAAGACUCCUACCUGAAACAUACAGAGAUUGACAAUCAAUGGGCCAUCUUGGACGUUCUGGACACAGCUGGGCAGGAGGAAUUCAGCGCCAUGCGGGAGCAGUACAUGCGCACGGGGGAUGGCUUCCUCAUCGUCUACUCUGUCACCGACAAGGCCAGCUUUGAGCACGUGGACCGCUUCCACCAGCUCAUCCUGCGUGUCAAAGACAGGGAGUCAUUCCCGAUGAUCCUCGUGGCCAACAAGGUCGAUUUGAUGCACUUAAGGAAAAUCACCAGGGAGCAAGGAAAAGAAAUGGCGACCAAACACAAUAUUCCGUACAUAGAAACCAGUGCCAAGGACCCACCUCUCAAUGUCGACAAAGCCUUCCAUGACCUCGUUAGAGUAAUUAGGCAACAGAUUCCGGAAAAAAGCCAGAAGAAGAAGAAGAAAACCAAAUGGCGGGGAGACCGGGCCACAGGCACCCACAAACUGCAAUGUGUGAUCUUGUGACAGGCCUGAGGCCCUGGGCACAGUGACGGUGGCCUGGCCAGCCCUCGAGACCCCUCCCCACCUAACUGCACUGAAACCAUUUCUAACCACAACCCUUGGCCCAAGGACUUGGUACAGGAAGGGAGAAGGGCGGGUGGGCAGGGAGCAGACAGGGUCUGGCUUUGCCCAGAGGGCACGGGCUUUCCCACCUCUCACAAGAGACAAGGAAGCCACCUGUAAGCAGAAGCACCAUCCAAGUGCCCCUGGCUCCCCCAUGUGUUGAUUCAACCUGGUUCCUCCCCCUCUCUCGGUGGGUGUGUUGUUUAUUGUAACUACAUAGUGUUGGUUUGAUGUGGAAGUGUUUAUCCACAUACAAAGUACAAAACAAGCCAUGAACAAGCUUCUUUCCCUUACCCCCUAUCCACAGUGUCUGAGCUUGGAUGUCUUUUAUAGAUUUUUAAAUUAUUUUAGUGAUUAUUAUUUUAUUAAAGGGGUCUGGGCUUGCUGCCUGGUGAAGUUUCAAGUGUUCAGCAGACCUCUCUGGUAACAUACCUGGAAUACUGUUGUUGUUUUUUAACUGAGUUUUCCCAUCAGUGCCAAAACUCAACUCAAUCUAAAAGUAGAGUGACUGAGAGGACAGAAGGUAAUGGGAACUGUAGCUGGAGGCCUCAGGCCAUGGGUCAAACCUGGGAGGGAAAGAGACCCUACACAUGGCCUAGAAAUGAGAGAAGAGAGAGGUAUUUACCCAGAGGGUUUUCCUAUGGUUGGGGAUGCAAAUAUUAGAAAACAGAUUGUAUUUUGCUGAGGGGAGUGGCUGUCAUGAGCAUGUCAGUUCUAAAAGGGGUUUUCAUUAUCCUGGAAAUGUAUAAACUAAAGUAAGCUGAUUGGCUUUGCAAACGUGUUCGUUUGUUUUUCAGACAGUAUGGGUUAAGUUCUCUGCCCUCCCCAGGGGUCUGAGGAGGCUCUGGGUUUCUCAGAUGUGUCUCUUGCUGCUUUUUCACAUCAGCUGUGCUGCUUGGUGCCUCUCUGAUAUGAACACACUGACACGUCAAAGUAACCUAAUGUGGACACCAUCCAGAAAACUCUAGUUCAUGCUGGAUCUUAACCAAAAAUGAUUCAAUACUGUUAUCACUAAAACAGCACCAAGACCUGAAGCCAUCUUCCCUUGGAGUCAACUGACUACCACCUCUAUAAGCCUAGUCAAUGAGCAGACCCCUUCCAGUAUUUGUAAAAGUAGUACUAGGUUGCCUUUUUGGCAAUUUUUAUUGACCUGUUGAAUCUUGACUAUAAUAUGAUCUGAGAAGUAAGGAAGGCUGGGCUGAUGCGUGGCUCUCAUACACCUUCUGCAAGGGGACAGUCUCCCCAGCUCCCUGAUGAUGCUCACCCCCGCCCCCCACCUCAGGUGCUGCUGGUGUGAGCCAAAGACUGGAGUUUUUCCGGCUGGGGUGGAAGUGGAAAGACAACAGGAACAAUGGUGCACCAAAGAAAAGGUCAGAAUAAAAGGCAGCACAGCUGGUGACCUUAUUUUCUAGAUGUUACAGAUCAGGUCACUAUGCAAACUAGAAUAUCCUCAGCAGGUGGCCUGGCCACUCUGGAGAAAGAAACCCAAGGAAAGUGAGCACCCAGCUGGAUGCCAAGACAUCCGGGUUCUGAAAAUGCGCUGUGUUCCUACCUCGGCAAGAUCACCAGCACUGAGGGGCCCAGCUGGAGAAUGAUUCUGCUACAAAAGGAGACAGUUGAGACUUUUGUUUGUUGGAAAUCAAACUUCUUACUUGUCUAAAUUGCCCCUUUUUCUGUUCCUAAAAGGAAGGAUAAGAGAGAGCAUUCCAGAUGAGGCACUUCAAAGUUUCCUUAGACCCUAUAGUGUUAAGAGGUAUUUUAAACACUAAAAGGACAAAGCUCUUCCCAAUCCUUAUGCUUCCGUAAGUGGCAUCUGCAGCAGUUUGUUGUGUGCAGUUUGAUGGCAGCUGCAAACUGGAGGUGAGGUGGAGGAAAGGCAGGUAGGAAGGAGUGAGGAUGGAGAUGCUCAGAAUUGAGAGCAUGGCGGAGUAGGAGAAGCCCUGCACACAGGGCGGUGUCCACAGCCAGAAAACUCCUGCUAGGCACCAACCACUAUGAGCAUACCCCAUGCCCACCAUGGAGCUGCAACUCCUCGACAGCACUGAGUGGGAUAGUCUCACUGGAAGCAGAUCAGCUGACGUAGAACAGAGACCUCGGCCAUAAAGGUGAGAAGACAUAGGGAUUUCAACCACACAGUUGGGACAGAAGGGACAGUGCAUCUGUUCAUCCAUCCUGCAGCUGGCCCACGUUGAACUCCAUAGUGCCUGAGAGAGACUAGUUAAGGGUUGGUCUUCUGUAUCCUCUGCUGUUGAGCCUCCCGUAAGCUUUCAUCUCCCAUGAACUCAUUUCCCCAUAAAUGAAAUGAGUAAAUAAUGCCCCAUUUGUAGAAGUGGGCCCUCGUGACUGAGGUAGCUUCCAGAUAGGCCAGAGUAGAGUGUAGAGUGUGCCCCUUGGCAUCCCUCCAUCUUCUCCUCCAUCAUCAUCUAGCAGGGUCAGACUGGGAAACCUGAUUGGCCAUGCCACACCAUGACUGAGGAGCCAACUGGGACUUGUGGCUGUUUGACAUCCUCAUGUUCCCGUUGGUCUUCCGGAGAAUAGUGCUACCCUCACAUCCCCUGGAGCACAGCCUUCCUGAAAUGCCCUCACCCCAUGCCUUUGCCAUUGUGUGCUCUCAGAUUUCUUCCACUGUUUGACACCCUCCUUAGAGGGCUGCUUUUUUUUUUUUUUUCCGGAGAUAAUCCUAGCCAUCCUCUCCACUCCCACAGCUGGGGACUAUGGCCACUUACUACCUGUGCACUUUGCCACUCAGGGGACACCUGGAUGGUUUCUCUUAGGACUUUGCCCACCUCCUUCUCAUGGCGCUUGCUGUGGAAAAUGCCUGGCUGGCCUCGUGGGGCCUGUCUCACUUUGCCAGGAGACAUGACCCACUAACGUGGCAACUCUAACCCAAAGGCCCCUCAGACAUGUUACAGCAAAUCUGGAGCCACAGACAGGUUCCCUCCAUUGGCAGCCCAUCGUGUUUGAAAUUCCAUGUUGGGUUUACUUGGAAUGAAAGAUACUUGAAUUAUUGUGCGCCUGUGAGCGCCCAGCUUCUGUUUCAUAGUCUUAACAGGUGGCCAUUGUUGUGAAACGAGAGUGAUGCCUGAAGAUCUCAAUGAUGUUUGAGCCUUUUAUGUAACUUUUUAUUAAGUCUUUGUAUCUCUCGACUGAUUAAUAAAGAAGAGAAACACGUA